AUGGAAGACGGUGGCAUUCCGGAGAACAAUGGCGUAGAACAACCUGUGCCCGAAGACAUUCCGCCCACGCGGUUCGAGGUCGAGCUGGAGUUCGUACAGUGCCUCGCAAAUGUGCCGUAUGUAAUCUUCCUGCUAAGUCAGCAGCAUAUAUGGAGGGACCCAAAGUUCAGGGCAUAUCUCAAGUACCUUGAAUACUGGUGCAAACCGCCGUACGCGCAGUGCAUCGUAUACCCCAACUGUCUCUUCAUGCUGAAGCUCCUCAACGGGUUCAUGGAGGCCGCAGAGGUCAACGAGGACGGGCUGCUGGAAGGCCUCGAAGACCUGCCGAAGGUGCUGCAGAGCCAGGGCGCGCAGUGGAUGAACGAGAUGGUCGAGCGGUGGAGCUCGUGA